CAGUAGAUCUAUCUGAAUUGUCUGAAUUGUCGGGCGAUUGUUUGAUUGUCCUUGUCCAUUUUUAUGCCUCCGUGGUUGUCUACCGGAGUACUACAUAUAAGUCGUAGAUUCUCCAUCCUAUGGAUUAAACCAUCUACUUCACGCACUAUAUACCUGAAUAGGUGUUAAUCCGCUCAAUAUGAAGAAAAUCCUCUUCCUGGCCAACAGCGAACACGGCCAAACAAACAUCAUUCUUGCGCUAUCUCAUGAACUCCUCCUCCGAGGCAAUAUCGACAUCCACAUCGCCUCCUUCCCAGCCCUCGAACGUCGCGUGAACAAACUCCUCCACGACAACGCUCCUCUCUACGAUAGCUCAUUCGACUCUCGCAUUCAUUUCCAUCCCAUUCGUGGGCCCUCUAAUACAGAUGUGUUCCUCCGCACCGGCAAGCGCGGGGCAUUUCAUCCCCCGGGUGCCACAGGAGCUGUCCUGGGUUUCCAGUCCUUGAUCGAGGAUAUCUGGGGAUGGAAUGAGGAAGAGUAUAUCGAUGUCUAUGAGGGCUGUGUGGAGGUCGUCAAGAUCGUGCAACCAGAUAUUGUGGUGUGCGAUUUUUUCUUCUUGCAGGGACGCGAUGCGGCGUGCAACACUGGACAUACCGCGGUGCUUAUGAAUACCACCUCGCUUAGCCAUAUUGUGCUCGGGUUGCAGAAAUAUUCGUCGCCCUUGUGGAAGUAUCCUUUACCCGGAACCGGCUUCCCAUACCCCCUCCCCCUCCACCUCAUCCCAGCAAACGCACAUGCCCUCCUCAAAACAGCAAAAAUGUACCACGGCAGCGGCCGUCGUCGCGAGAUUCGCGAGUGGCGCAUCAAGCACAAGAUCAAAGGCCGCUUUCCAUUCGCCGAUGCAUGGCGCCCAGACCGCAUCCAUCUCUCUCCGGCAUUGAAAGAACUCGACUGGCCAAUGGACGUGCCAGACAACGUAAUUCCGUGCGGCCCCAUCCUUCUCCCCGUUGCAUCUGUCAAAGACCAAGAUCCCGAAAUGGACCGGUGGUUGCAGAAGGCACCGACUGUCCUCGUGAACCUCGGGACGUUGUACGCGCCAGACCCCAAUGUGGCCCGCGAGCUCGCAACCGGUCUCAAGACAUUCCUCGAUCGCUGGUCCGAUCCAUCCACUCAGAUCCUCUGGAAGCUUCCCAAGCAUCCCUACGACCAAGGCGAUGUGUACGCCUCCGCCAUCGAACCGCUGAAGGCAGAAUGCGACGCAGAUCGCGUGCGCAUCCGUGAUUGGUUCCAGGUUGAGCCCAUGGCUAUGCUGGAAACGGGUAACAUCGUCUGCUCUGUUCACCACGGUGGUGCGAACUCAUGGUACGAGGCUAUUCAGAACGGCGUCCCGCAUGUGAUUCUCCCGGCGUGGCAAGAUUGUUAUGAGAAUGCUGCGCGUGCGGAGUGGAUUGGGAUCGGGGUUUAUGGGAAUAAAACCCGGGCGCCGGAUGUCAGUGGUAAGGAGUUGAGUCAGGCGCUACUUAAAGUCAUGGGGAAUGACUCGUAUUGGGAGAAGGCUGCUGUUCUCCAGGAGAAGUGUCGUAUUCCUGGACGGGUUGUUGGUGCUGAUAAGCUGGUUGAGUUGUUGGAGAAUCCUGAGCGAAUGAAUAUGAAUAUGCCUCAGUUCGAGGAUAACGAGGUCGCUCAGAUCAGCAAUGGUGCUGGAAAGACGCUCGAAACGGUUCCGUCACAGGCGAAACCAUCCAACAGAUCCUUCGCGAAAGGCAUGGUAGAAACCCUCAUGGUCUCCCUCCUCUGCAACGCCUUGUUUGUCCUCCCAACUCUUGCCUACGCCGCCCUUCUGAUUCCCCGAAUCCGACUCUUUGCUCUGCUGUACACCAUAUACAUCAAAUUCUUCGCCAAAGCCCACACAACCGGCACUCUCUCGCUCCGCAGUGACUCUUUCCGCACCUCUUGGGUGUGGGAGCUCUACAGCUCCUAUUUCCCGCUUACCCUGUACCGCACUGCACCGCUGUCCCCGCAGAAAAAGUACAUUUUCGGAUAUCAUCCGCAUGGUGUUGCUCUGCGCGGGGCCAUUGGCGUGCUCGCGUCUGAUGCAGCGGGCUUCUCGUACCUGUUCCCGGGAAUCACGAAUACAUUGCUCAUGAAGGAUACGGCGUUUUUCACUCCGCUGCUUAGAGAGUAUCUGCUUGCUUCUGGACUAGGUGGUGUUUCCCGCGGCUCCUGCGUGAAACAUCUCAUCCGCGGGGGUCACGACGGACGAGGCAUGGGUCGCGCGAUUACCAUCACCGUCGGGGGAAGUCGAGAAUAUGCGAUCGCCAAGCCAGGCACGAUGGGAAUCGUAAUCCGCAUUCGAAAGGGGUUCAUCCGUGUCGCUGUUGAAACUGGUGCUGAUCUAGUCCCCGUGAUCGCAUUCGGAGAGAAUGAACUCUUUUCGCCCGUGGAUGUCAACUCAUCUCUGCUCAAAAAAGGGAUCGCGAAGAUUUGGGAGGGCUUUGUGGGGCAUCCCGUGUCGUUCUCGACCGGACGGUUUGGGAUGUUUAUUCCGUAUCGCAAGCCGGUAAGAGUUGUCGUUGGGGAAGCAAUUCCGGUAGUGCAGCAGCGCUUUGAGCAGGACGAAAAAUAUGUCGACUCUCUGCAAGAAAAGUACAUUGACGGAUUGCGGGGGUUGUAUGAGGAUUGGAAAGGAGUGUUUGGGGAUUCGGCGAUCAAGUUUGAGAUUGUAGAAUAG